AUGCCACGAACGCCGUCCUCGUUCCACGGCCUUGCCCAUGUCCCGCGACGGCAACGACCGGAAAACCGAAUAUCCAUCUUGCUCUUUAACAAUACGAGACCGCUUUCAAACGGCAUCACAGCCUUUCACAAUAUCAUGGUUGGUCUAUCCACGUAUCACUCAGAUGCCGACGACUCGACCAGGCGGGGGCGGAUCAGGCGCAAACAACAACCUAUCAAGCCCUUAGAUGAAACUCGCAAGUAUUGCUCUUUCUCCAUCUUUAUAAACGGGUUUAAAACUGGUCUAUUCCAUUGGUUUGUCCUGCUGUACACUGACCUUCCGUCGCUGACUCGUUUCCGCCGCGUCAAUCGUCGCGCGAUGGAUCUCGUCGACUCGGUCCCCCAGUACGCCGCCAUCAUCAAGCAUUGCCCCAACAUCAUCCGCGCCAUUCUAAGCAUCCAGGCAGACUCAUUCAACUGCCAUGUACUGUACACAACCCUAAGCACAACCCGAUGCUUCACGUGCGAGCGCUUUGGCGAUCCUCUCUACCUCAUCGACUGCCGCCGAGUCUGCUACUUCUGCUUCACCCGGCGGCUGGAAUACUUCCCCCUCACAAUCGGCCGCGCAUCGAGUUUCUUCGCUCCCAACGGGACACAGCGGCGCAAUGCCAUCACCAGCCGCCAACAUCUACGUGCGGCGAAUCCCCCAAGUGUCCUGAGCCUGCCUGGGCGGUACUGCACCGCCUGGGCCAGUGGGGGGGGGAAUUUGGUGCGAAAGCGGCUUCAACUCUUUGACCGGGGGGCAGUGAUCCAGGACCUUGCGGGUUCUGGUCUUCCAAAGGUGGACAAGACCACUCGGGAACCUCUGCGGUUCAUGGCCAUCAUCACCGCACCGCAUCUAUUCGAUUCUGGCCCGCGGGCCGACUGGGGAUACUUCUGCCUUGGCUGCAAGGAGGAGAAGGAGGAGAAAACGAAGCACUUCAGGAUCAAAUACACAAGAGAAGAGGUAUCGGAGCACAUUGCGAAGUAUGGACCUGUGAAGGAGACGCCAAGGAUACCCGGCAGGUUCAUGCAUGUCACGCAAGUCUGA